UUUCAGCUGAACUGCAUGUCUUGUUUUGCAGAGGACGUGGCCAAGUUGGAGAAGCACCUAUUGCUUCUCCGCCAGGAGUAUGUAAAGCUGCAGAAGAAGCUAGCAGAUACAGAGAGGAGAUGUACUCUGUUGGCUGCCAAAUCUAACAAAGAGAAUGACAGUGACUCCUUCAUCAGUCGACUUCUCACCAUUGUAGCUGAUCUUUAUGAGCAGGAGCAGUAUAGCGAUCUGAAGAUAAAGGUUGGGGACAAGCGCAUCAAUGCUCACAAAUUUGUGUUGGCAGCCCGCAGUGAGACUUGGAGUCUAGCCAGCUUAGUGUCAACUGAGGAGCUGGAUCUGUCAGAUGCUGACCCUGAGGUAACCAUGGCAAUGCUGCGCUGGAUAUAUACAGAUGAGCUAGAACUGAGAGAAGAUGAUGUAUUUUUGACAGAACUGAUGAAAUUAGCCAAUCGGUUUCAACUGCAACUCCUCAGGGAAAGGUGUGAAAAAGGAGUCAUGUCACUAGUAAACGUCAGGAACUGCAUUUGUUUCUAUCAGACUGCAGAGGAACUAAAUGCUAGCACUUUAUUGAACUACUGUGCAGAAAUAAUAGCUAGUCAUUGGGAUGACUUACGGAAGGAAGACUUUAGCAGUAUGAGUGCUCAACUGUUGUAUAAAAUGUUCAAAUCAAAGACUGAAUAUCCUUUGCAUAAAGCAAUUAAAGUGGAGAGAGAAGAUGUUGUUUUCCUUUAUCUUAUUGAAAUGGAUUCACAGCUGCCUGGGAAGCUCAAUGAACUGGAUCACAAUGGAGACCUUGCUUUAGAUUUAGCCCUCUCACGAAAAUUGGAAAGUAUUGCAACCACAUUAGUCAAUUACAAAGCUGAUGUGGAUAUGGUGGAUAAGAGAGGCUGGAGUCUGUUACACAAAGCCAUCCAAAGAGGAGAUAAGUUUGCUUCCAACUUUCUCAUUAAAAAUGGUGCUCGUGUGAAUGCUGCUACAUUGGGAGACCAGGAGACUCCUCUGCACCUUGUUGCAUCAUACAGCCCUAAGAAGCAUUUUCCAGAUGUGAUGUCAGAGAUGGCACAGAUUGCAGAGUCCCUUCUGCAGGCUGGAGCCAAUCCAAACAUGCAAGACUGCAAAGGAAGGACCCCAUUACAUGCAUCAAUUGUUGUUAGGAAUGAUCCUGUAUUCAGUCAGCUUCUCCAGUGCAAACAACUAGACUUGGAAUUGAAGGAUCACGAGGGAAGCACAGCUCUAUGGCUUGCAGUUCAGUAUAUUACCGUGUCUUCUGAUCCUUCUGUAAAUCCGUUUGAUGAUGUCCCUGUUGUAAAUGGAACCUCCUUCGAUGAGAACAGCUUUGCAGCACGGCUGAUCCAGCGAGGCAGCAAUACAGAUGCACCAGACACAGUAACAGGAAACUGCUUAUUGCAAAGGGCAGCUGGAGCGGGGAAUGAGGCAGCAGCUCUCUUCCUGGCAACCCAUGGGGCAAAAGUGAACCACAGAAACAAAUGGGGGGAAACUCCAUUGCAUACAUCUUGUCGGCAUGGUUUAGCAAAUCUUACUGCAGAGCUUCUGCAACAAGGAGCUAAUCCUAAUAUCCAGACUGAAGAAGCAGUGCCUAGUCGGAAGGAUGCAACCUCACCAACUGCAUCAGAUAAUGUCUAUCUGCAAACUCCCCUUCAUAUGGCUAUAGCAUACAACCACCCAGAUGUGGUAUCAGUCAUCCUGGAGCAAAAAGCUAAUGCUCUUCAUGCUCCCAACAACUUGCAAAUCAUUCCUGACUUCAGUCUUAAGGACUCCAGAGACCAAACAGUCCUGGGACUAGCCUUGUGGACAGGCAUGCACACAAUAGCAGCUCAGCUACUUGGCUCUGGGGCAUCCAUCAAUGACACCAUGUCAGAUGGACAGACUCUCUUACAUAUGGCAAUACAGAGACAGGAUAGCAAGAGUGCCCUCUUCUUGCUGGAACAUCAAGCGGAUAUAAAUGUCAGAACUCAGGAUGGAGAGACUGCCCUUCAGUUAGCUAUAAAAAACCAGCUUCCCCUUGUGGUUGACGCAAUUUGUACCAGAGGGGCAGACAUGUCUGUGCCAGAUGAGAAAGGGAAUCCUCCACUAUGGCUUGCCCUGGAAAAUCAUUUGGAAGAUAUUGCUUCAACUCUGGUAAGACAUGGCUGUGAUGCAACUUGCUGGGGUCCAGGACCAAGUGGAUGCUUACAGACACUUCUGCAUAGAGCCAUUGAUGAAAACAGUGAACCAAUAGCAUGCUUCCUUAUUCGCAGUGGCUGUGAUGUAAAUAGUCCUAGACAGCCAGGUGCUAAUGGAGAAGGAGAAGAGGAAGCUCGUGAUGGACAGACACCUCUGCAUUUGGCAGCUUGCUGGGGGCUGGAAGAAGUGAUACAGUGCCUACUAGAGUUUGGUGCCAAUGUAAAUGCACAGGAUGCAGAGGGAAGAACUCCAAUCCAUGUUGCCAUUAGCAACCAACAUAGUGUCAUCAUUCAGCUGAUGAUCUCACAUCCAGAAAUCAGACUGAAUAUGCGUGAUCGGCAAGGCAUGACCCCAUUUGCAUGUGCUAUGACCUACAAGAACAACAAAGCAGCAGAGGCCAUUCUAAAGCGGGAGCCAGGAGCUGCUGAGCAGGUGGAUAACAAAGGUCGGAACUUCCUCCACAUAGCUGUUCAGAACUCUGAUAUCGAGAGCGUGCUCUUCCUCAUCAGUGUCCAGGCCAAUGUAAAUUCUAGAGUCCAGGAUGCCUCUAAGCUAACACCAUUGCAUCUCGCUGUACAAGCUGGCUCAGAAAUUAUUGUGCGCAAUCUGCUUCUUGCAGGUGCAAAGGUGAAUGAGCUGACUAAGCACCGCCAGACUGCUCUCCACCUAGCUGCUCAGCAGGACUUGCCCACAAUUUGCUCCGUCCUUCUAGAGAAUGGAGUAGACUUCGCAGCUGUGGAUGAAAAUGGAAAUAAUGCUCUUCAUCUGGCUGUGAUGCAUGGUCGUCUAAACAAUAUCCGUAUCCUCCUGACAGAAUGUAAUGUGGAUGCUGAAGCCUUUAAUCUUCGAGGUCAGUCACCAAUGCACAUUCUGGGACAUUAUGGGAAAGAUAAUGCAGCAGCCAUCUGUGACCUCUUCUUGGAAUGUAUGCCAGAAUACCCUCUGGACAAACCUGAUGCUGAAGGAAACACAGUGCUGCUGUUGGCCUAUAUGAAAGGAAAUGCUAAUUUGUGCCGUGCUAUAGUGAGAGCUGGGGCUCGUCUUGGGGUUAACAAUAAUCAAGGCGUCAAUAUCUUCAACUACCAAGUUGCUACAAAACAGCUUCUCUUUAGACUCUUGGAUAUGCUGUCAAAAGAACCUCCCUGGUGUGAUGGUUCCAACUGCUAUGAAUGCACUGCCAAGUUUGGAGUCACAACAAGGAAACAUCAUUGCCGGCAUUGUGGACGUCUGCUCUGCCAUAGAUGUUCAACAAAGGAAAUUCCCAUCAUAAAAUUUGACUUAAACAAGCCUGUUCGUGUUUGUAACAUCUGCUUUGACGUCUUGACUCUGGGAGGAGUCUCCUAAUACGUUGUGGGAACAGGGGGAUUCUCAAUCAGUGCUCUUCGGACAGCAGCUCUGCUAGCAAGCCUUGUACACCGGAAAGGGAAGACCUAUACAUGUCUUCCUUUGGCAAUAGACUGAACUAAUUAAGGACCAUGUUAGAUAUAUUCCAGCAUAAAUGAUUUUGUAUGACUAUAAAUGUUCUGGGCCGUGAUAGAUUUCACUGACUAAUGAAUUUGGAGAGGAUCAUCUAAAACUAAGUGAUAAACCUGAAUUGAGUUAGACCCUCCAAGUUGCAGUGGGCAUGGAAAUUAAAAUUGCAUUAGACUGGUGUCCUGUGCUGAUUAAAAAAAUAACAGGCCUGUGCUUGCUCUGGUGCAUUGCAUUGAGCUAAAGUCUUGCUGUUUUCAGGCUUUUAAUAAGAGAUGGCACUAAGCUUCGAGGCAAAUGCAUCGUCUUCAAAGAAGUGUUCCCUUUGUCCCUCGAAGGCUUUUUUUAGAACACUGGACUGUGCUGUGGCAGCCGUGACCCAUUUUGAGUUAAAUCUUUAAACAGGGUUUAAAAGGGCAGAGCUGAAGAAUCGUGGCCUUACAAGAGAGCUUUACAAUAUCUUGGAUACAAGAGUCAGGAUUGCCAUUCCACAAUGAUACCUCCUUUGUAAAUGUCUUAUUAGCUCCAGCAUGUUCAAGAAGAAAUUGGCAGUCUUCCUUGAUGGCUGUAGAACCAGUGAAGUCCACUUCUGUUGUACCCUUUGCAUUAGUGGUCUCUCUGGCUUAAACCAUUUUUGUGUAACUUAAGUGUUCUGAGAACACACCUGAGCUUACACUAAUUGAAGAAACACUAAAAACCAAUUGGGUGGCUGUACUUGCUGCAACGAAAUAGUGCUGGAGCUGCAGUCAUGAAUCCGACAAGGGACGCUAGUUACCGGAGUGGCAUUUCUUGGCUUUAAAGACAAUAUGAUUAAUCAGUGCAGGAUGGAACCAGUCCUCUUUGCUGACUCAGCAUGCUGUUUCUGCACUUCUAGAUGGUCAGUACAAGGCUCCAGGUCCAGCAGAAUGGCCAGUUGGCUGUAUUUGGAGGUUCACUGUCAAAUAUUAGGCAGUUGGGGUUUCAGGAAGGAUUUCUGAUUGCACUGUGAAACAGCCUAAUGUCAAACCUUUGCACAUUGUAACUCUAGAAUGGGUUUUUUCUAGUCUGUAGUCCCUCUUAAAAAUGCUGAAUCCAUGAAGCAAUGACACAGGUCUAGUUCUCCUCUUCCUACCUUUGCUCACCGUCCUUCCUCUCACCCCCUGGGUUGUAGCCCAUGAAUCACUUAACUGCUAGGAAGCACUUAUGUUGGUGAACUGGCUGUUCUAUGGUAAGAAUAGGUCAGUCAGUUUAACAUGUCCUUAAAGUGUCUGGCCUUAACCUUUUUAGUCCUGGGCUAUACAGCUGUAGAUCAGACUAAAUGCAGGAUUCCUGCUCUUUGCUCCAUGAACAAAUCAGUUGUGUGUGUGUGUAUAUAUUUUUUGUUAGUGUUCAUUAACCACUACCUGUACGUGAUAUGGUGUGUGCAAUGGGGGUUCUGAACUCUAAUUUCCCUGUCUUCUGGAAUAGUGACAUGUCCAGUAUUUACUGCCUACAUGUAAAAUGAGCCGACAAACCAGAGUGCUACUUUUUUAUAUUUCUGUGGUUUAUAGGAUGUAUUUGCUUUGUUGAGCAAAAUUUGGGCGUGUGCAGUAAAACAGACUAGCACCCAUCUAGUGCAUUUCAGAUGGAAUCUCAGUGCACUGAUUGGUCUUACAACAUAUGUUGGUGCAAAAAACUGGAACCCUGAACUUAGUUAACAGAGUGAAAUAAUGGACCAACUUUGUCAUUCACGGUCAGUACAAAUCAUGUUAGCUAUGGCAGUAGCCCUGUUCUUUCAAUAAAGGACAAAUACUGCCACUUCCUUAAAAGGUGGCAUUCUUGGAUGUAAACAGUGUGUACCUUCAGCAUACCUAAAUUUGAAUAGCAGCUUGCCACAGGCUCCUUCUGAGACCCUUGAGAAGGAUGGCAUGAAUGAGUGUCUCAAAACCACUUGGUUACAAAGCAUGAUGGUUCACCUGAACAAAAGAAAUCAUGACCAAUCUAAGAAUAAUGGAUCACUUCUGAUUGUGUUUAAAAUAUUAGUAGCUCAUCAUGGAUUUGCAUAAGUUAUCAGUUCAAAGAAAUUGUCAACCACUUGCACUUAAACUGACUCUCCACAAGUGGAGAUCAACUUCUCACACUUCCUUACCCACUUAAAACCUGCGAAAAAGAGAAGAUGCAACAUGAGAUGAUAGGAGUGGUUAUUCUAAAGUCAUUCACUUUAGUUUGGGGAGCCCUCUGGGAAGUGCUCAGCAGCUUUUACAGUCGAUCCAAAGCAGUUUGUUUCUCAUGCUAGCCUCCUCUUACAUGUUGCAAACUCACUUUCAAGGGGUGGAAUAGAAAUUUAUGGUGGCUUUAAAAAUAAAACAAUCCUAAAUCCUAGCUAAGCACUUAAAAAAAAAUAGUAGCAUUAAUACUUGAUGUGGCAUCUGUCCCUCAUUGGAAUUCCGAGGCAGGUAUGAGUAUUAAUAGCCUUCCACUUACAACCUGAAAGUACAUUUGAGCUUGAAGUCAAAGUGACUACGUUCUCAACAGAAAUCUGACAAAUGCCAAGUGCUUUUAUUAUGUUUUUGUCUUCUGAUUUCUUGAAGGUAGCUGCUAGGAGAAGUGGUGUGCAUUUUUUUUUCUUCAGCUCUUAUUCGGUGUGGUAGUCAUAAACUGUUACAGGCUAUCAAAUCAGUGAAAGCUCUUAAUUCUCUAGUGGUGAUUAAUACAUUUCUAAGUUGGCAAAUAAUGAGAUUCCUUUGUGGCACAUUUUACAACUGGCACCCCAAAACCCUGCCACACUUACUAUCCUUUGAUACUCACAACUUACGGAAUGUUAAACAUCAAUUUGAUCACAGAUGUCCUGGGUUAGGUGAGCAUGAGACUGAAUUCUCUUUUUGGCCCGCUUUGUGCAGUUUUGUCAGGUUUAGAGUUUUAGGCAGUUGUGGUUGAAAGGGGGAAAUUUUGGUGCCUGUUCUGUGUUGCAAAAGGAAUUCAGUCUCCAAGAUAGUCAAUCCAGCCCCUCCUCCAAGCACCAUUCAUUUGAAUUUAAAAUUAGAUAUUGAAGUAAAAGUCUAGGGGAAUAACCUUUCAUUUCAUUCUAGUAAAUACAACAAGAAGUUUUUGGAAUUACUGGUGUUCAAGGUACUAACACAAACAUUACUAAUUAACUUACUAACAGUUUACAGAUGCCUUAAAGACUUCCUGUAUGGAGACAAGUGACUCGUACAACUUGUCACGUAGCAUAUGUAAGAUCAUCUGUGUAACAAAUGAACAUAGGGAGUUUUGUAGACUGUAGUUUUUAUAUUUUGAUUUUUCCCACUGCAGCAAGUUUGUUUGGAGACCUGGAUAUUGCAACAAAUUCUUGCUAUUGCAUGUUGCAUUAAAGUAUAAAAGAUUGAUCAUUCAGACGCUUCCCGGUGAUCAAAAUAUGUGAAACUGUCAACCUUGCUAUUUAUGAUAUAGAAAGUCUUAAAACAAUGGGAUUUUCUGAGAGUCCAAUCUUAAAUGUAUUUUUGCAAUAUUCCUACUCCUGUGUAAUGAAUCAUUGUAAUAAAUUGAGGAUGACUAGAGAAAAGACACCAUGUGGACUGUAAACCUUAAUAUAAAAAUACAUCCUCUUAUUGCACCAGUAAUAAAGUACAGGAAGAAAAGUCUUAUUCCCAGGGUUUACUGGUAAAUUUCCUCCUUGCUUGGAAACUAAGGUGCAAGAUUUAAUUAUUUCAACUUGGCUUCUCUUUUGUAAACUAUUAAGCAUAUAGUGAUUAUUCCAGACAUAUAUGGUAAAAUACUUGUAUAAUUGCUUAAUUAGAAUUAUUUUGGCAGACUAACUCUGCUGUACUCUUUGAGUAAAUUAUACACUCACCAAAACCCUGUCAGGAUAGAUUUGGCUGAAGUCAUUCCUGUGUAGUCCUGAAUUCCUGUGCUGCACAGAUCUAGACUUUCAGUUAGCUAGUUCAGUUCAUGUGUUUUCCCCCAAACCAAUUUUUAGCUUCAUAUGCAUUAAAUGUAAUACUGAAUUGGAAGUGAAUUGAAAGAAAACAAGUGCAAAGUCACUUUUACACAUGGCAGAUGCCUCUUAUCUAAUCCAUGUAGCUUUACUUCAAAAAGGGAAGCUCCAGAGUAACUGUAAAACCAGCCAAAAGCAUUUUGUUAGGAUUGUUUGUGACUUGUAUGUUUUGACAAUAAACAUUGCUAAAAAUAACUGA